AUGAAUUUUAUUCGAUCAAAACUUUCGAAAAAGAAUCGAAAUGAAGCUGAUAAAUCAGCAACAGCAUCUGGUGCGUGCGCGUCUCCUAAAAUUGACGACGAGAAUCAAUCAGGCAAUGGAUUGUCUAUUGAAUAUUUUCAAAUACAAUUACUAUUGGAUUGUUUAAUGAGACUAAAAUAUGAUUCUUCUGAUUAUGAAGAACUUGUUAUAAUGUGUGCCGAACAAAUCGCAGAUGAUCGACAUGAUUUACAUAUGUUACAAGAAUUUCAAAAUAAAUAUUCAUCAAAUCGAGCCUUAUGGUGGUAUCUUCAAGAAUGUUUUUUGUAUAAAAUUUUAAAUUAUUCACUUGAAAGUCAAGAUAUUCGUAAUUUAUUUUUAUUUCGAAAAAUUCUGUUAGAUAUUGGACAACAAAUACAAGAACACAGAUGUUCAACACCGCUGCAUGUUUAUCGAAGUCAAUGGAUACCAAAUACAUUGCUGGAUAAAUGGAUAAGUUCCAUGGGACAAUGUGUUGUCAUAAAUUCAUUUCUAUCAGCAACAACGAAUGCUAAAGUCGCUCUUGCUUUUCUUAACAGUAGUCAAACUGUCAAAGCUGAUUAUUGUCGAGUAUUGAUCGAAAUUGAUGCUGAUCCUCGAGUAGUUGGCUCGAAACCAUUCGUACAAAUCGGUUCAUUAGAGUAUGCUGCAGAUAAAAAUGAAGUACUCUUUAUGUUUGGUUCAAUAUUCAUGAUCAAUAAUAUUACUUGUGGAGAUGAUAGUUUAUAUACUAUUGAAAUGUCAUUAUAUAGUGAUAAUGAUCAUGAAUUUAAACAAGUUUUUGAGGAUAUGAAAACGAAAUAUGGCGAUGGAGAAUUAGAUCUUCUAACAUUUGUGAAAGUAUUAUAUGAUUUAGAUAAAUUUGAUGAAGCUGAAGAAUAUGCGAAUCACUGUCUUGAAGCGUUACCUUCAAAUCAUAACGAUGUAUUACGAUGCUUCAACUUACUUGGUUCAAUAGCUUUAGCUAAAACAGAUUUCGACACAAGUCUGAAGUGGUAUAAUCAGGCGCUUGAAUUUCAAACGAAAAUGUUACCUAAAUAUGGUGAUCCGAGAGCUGCAGAUACGCAUGAAAGUAUCGGUGAUGUCUAUUGGAAGCAGGGUUCAUAUGAUCUUGCACUGAAACAUUAUUUUAAUUCGUUGGAUAUCAAAAAAGCAACACUUCCUGCUCAACAUCCAACUAUCGCAGCAACUCUUGAAAAUAUAGGCCGUAUUUAUGAAUCAAAAAGAGACUUUCAGCUCGCACUUGACUAUUUUCUAAAAGCAAAAGCUAUAUAUUGUCGUGGCUCUACAGCAACACAUGAUAAAGUGGCUCAGAUAGAGGAACAUAUUCGACGGCUUUCACAGAACCCUAAGUAG